AACACGACUUCCCUCAGGGGUCCGCAGGUGGCCGGGCGGGAGCAGCGUGGCAAGGCUGGGGGAGCCGAGUAAGAAGAGCCAGCCCCGCGGUGCGCAGCCCGGGACUGGGAGAACACCAGCCCUGCCUCGCGGACGGCUCGUGCGCUUGCGUCUCGCGUAACCUACAUCCUUAAACGCUGCUUCUCGAACACACCGGGUUCUGACACUCACUUCCACGCCGCUCCCCUCUCUCCCUAGCACCACAGACCGCGCGGCCUUCCCCUAGCACCUCAAACCCGCACGCAGCAGCACAGAUCGGUCGGACAGCCCGACCCGACCCGCCACCCUCUCCUACUCCACACGGAAGGAGAAGGGCAAGGGGGCGGGGCACCGGGCAGCGCCGCGCGCGCCCAUUGGUCCAGACGGCGUGGGCCGGGCUCCCAUUGGCCCUGCGGCGAGUCCCCAUGGCCGCGUCCGUGCGGGUAUUUCUGGGCGCAGGCGAGGGGCGCGGACGGAGUCGCGAGGCGGCCUGUUCCAGCGGGAUGACUCAGUGGUACCAGCUACAGCAACUUGACUCCAAGUUUUUGGAGCAAGUUCACCAGCUGUACGAUGACAGCUUUCCUAUGGAAAUCAGACAGUACCUGGCACAGUGGCUGGAAAACCAGGAUUGGGAACAUGCAGCCAACAACGUAUCUUUUGCUACGGUGCUAUUCCAUGACCUGCUGUCGCAGCUUGAUGAUCAGUUUAGCCGAUUUUUGAUAGAAAACAACUUUUUGCUGCAACACAAUAUAAGAAAAAGCAAACGUAAUCUUCAGGAUAACUUCCAAGAAGACCCGAUACAAAUGGCAAUGAUCAUCCACAACUGUCUGAAAGAGGAGAGGAAAAUACUGAACAGUGCACAAUUGUCUAAUCAGAUGGAAGUGGGAGGCAUGCAGAACACCAUGACUGGGAUGCUGGACAAACAGAAGGAGCUUGAUGCAAAAGUUAAGGCUGUAAAAAACAGUGUUACGGAUGUAGAACAAGACAUCAAGACACUAGAAGAUGUGCAAGAUGAAUAUGACUUUAAACAUAAAACCUUCCAGAAUAGAGAGUAUGAGCCCAAUGGUGCAUCACAAGAGGAAUGUAAGAAAGAACAGAUGAAUCUCCAAAAGAUGUUUUUCUUACUGGAUAUCAAGAGAAAGGAAGUGGUGGCCAAGAUAAUACAGCUGUUGAACACCACAGAGCACACACAGAGUGCUCUUAUUAAUGAGGAGCUGGUGGAAUGGAAACGUAGACAACAGACUGCAUGCAUUGGUGGCCCACCCAACGCCUGUCUUGACCAGCUACAGAACUGGUUCACCAUCAUUGCUGAAAGCCUGCAGCAAGUCCGUCAGCAGCUCAAAAAGCUUGAGGAACUGGAGCAGAAACUUACUUACGACCCUGACCCUAUCACAAAAAACAAACAAGUUUUGCAAGACCGAACACACAGUCUUUUCAAACAGCUUAUCCAGAGCUCCUUUGUGGUAGAGAGGCAGCCUUGCAUGCCAACACAUCCACAGAGGCCAUUAGUCCUGAAGACAGGAGUACAGUUUACCGUGAAGCUGAGAUUGCUGGUGAAAUUGCAGGAAUUGAAUUACAACCUGAAAGUGAAAGUUUUAUUUGAUAAGGAUGUAAAUGAGAAGAACUCAGUCAAAGGAUUCAGGAAAUUUAAUAUUCUAGGAACAAACACAAAAGUAAUGAACAUGGAAGAAUCUACUAAUGGAAGUUUAGCAGCAGAAUUCAGGCAUUUGCAACUGAAAGAACAGAAGAACGCAGGAAACAGAACAAAUGAGGGUCCUCUUAUUGUAACAGAAGAACUUCACUCCCUGAGUUUCGAGACACAGCUGUGCCAGCCUGGCUUAGUAAUAGAGCUAGAGACCACAUCGCUUCCCAUCAUUGUCAUCUCUAACGUGAGCCAGCUUCCAAGUGGAUGGGCUUCUAUCUUAUGGUUCAACAUGCUGUCUACUGAUCCCAAGAACUUGUCCUUCUUUCUAAAUCCACCUUGUGCAAAGUGGUCUAAACUUUCUGAAGUUCUGAGCUGGCAGUUUUCUUCUGUGACAAAGAGAGGACUUAACACAGAUCAACUGAGCAUGCUGGGAGAGAAACUACUUGGACCAACAAGUGGAGGAUCUCACGAUGGCCUUAUUCCUUGGACAAGAUUCUGCAAGGAAAACAUAAAUGAUAAAAAUUUCCCUUUUUGGCUGUGGAUAGAGGGAAUCCUGGAACUUAUUAAGAAACACCUCCUUUGUCUCUGGAACGAUGGCUGUAUCAUGGGUUUCAUCAGUAAAGACAAAGAACGUGCUUUAUUGAAGGACCAGAGACCAGGAACAUUUUUACUAAGAUUCAGCGAAAGCAGUAGAGAGGGAGCGAUCACCUUUACUUGGGUAGAAGGAUCUCAAAAUGAGCCCCAGUUCCACUCAGUAGAACCAUACACCAAGAAGGAGCUCUGUGCUGUUACUUUCCCUGAUAUCAUUCGCAACUACAAAGUGAUGGCGGCUGAAAACAUUCCUGAAAAUCCACUGAGAUUUCUGUACCCAGAUAUUCCCAAAGACAACGCCUUUGGCAAAUAUUACUCCAGGCCUAAGGAGGCCCCAGAGCCUAUGGAUACAGAUACUCCCAAGGGAAACGGCUAUAUCAGGACUGAGUUAAUCUCUGUAUCUGAAGUCCACCCUUCCAGGCUCCAGUCUCCAGAAAAUCUGCUGCCUAUGUCUCCUGAAGAGUUUGAUGAGGUGUCUCGGAUGAUGGACCCAGCAGAGAUUGACACUGUGAUGUGUUCAGCGUAUUCGGCGUAAGGCUAGAGCUUUUACUGCAUCACUGGCACAGCCAAUCAGCUUCUGCAUCCUGCUCUACAGUCAGGCUUGGUGGCGAGUUCACUUCAGUUCUUUCGGAAGGCCGUACGUAAUUCACAGCACAUCAGUUUCUCAACCUGAAAGUCCAGUAGUAAUUUUUAAUCGGGGGGGGAUAUAAGCAGCAUUUGAAUAGCCUCCGUACGUGCACUUAAUGUUAUUUCAAGUUGUGUUAAACAAUUUGCUAUUGACAAGAUGCUGUACCAGAGUGUGGGAAGAAAGACCAGGAACAAGGGCUCCUCAGCAAGAGUGAGGGGAGAAACAUGCACUUCAGUGAAUUAGUUAAAUGGAACAUCAUGGCUGUACAUAGAAGGCUUCAAAGGAAAGCUUGUUCUUUUGCAGAGGUUCUGUUCAGAAAGCCUGCACCUGCAGAGCAAUUGCUUCUGAAGAACUUUGAAUUUUCUUCUGCAUCACAAAAAGAGGAGCAGAUGAACACUGCAGGUACAUGGCACGGCAAAUCUGCGUGCUACUGUAGUUUGUUCUGGCUUUCUUUGAUACAGACAUGGCACACAGCUCUGCAGGAGAACAUAAGCCAAAAAAUGGUAUCUGCAUUUCAUUUUUGCUUGUUUUCAUGGUAAAGUCUUCUCGUGUAGAAUGUUUUGCACAAUCUUUCACAGAAAGAGCGCUUCUUAGGAUAACUAAUUAACAAUUCCCUGUUAAGAGGCAAGGUUGUCCUAAGAAGUAGGUCUCUUGGACUAAGAGCAUUUGUUAGUCCAGACUGCUAAUUAGCACACAGCUGAUCAGAAGGGCUCCAGAACACUGAUGCUAAAUCCCACACGUUUAAGGAGAGUUGCUACUGCAGCUUCUGAGCCUGCUGCCGUCCACUGCCAAUGCCUGGGAGGUCAGCGCUGCAGUGCUACUUUGAUGCCAUUCAGACAUGCCAAAUGGAUCCCCUGACUCUUAAAUAAAUAAAUGACUAGUUCAAUUUAGUGCCAUCCCUGGAGGCAUUCAAGGCCAGACUGGACGUGGCUCUGGGCAGCCUGGUCUAGUGGUUGGCGUUCCUGCACUCAGCAGGGGAGUUGAAACUCAAUGAUCUUUGAGAUCCUUUUCAACCCAGGCCAUUCUAUGAUACAGUGUGUUCUGCCCAAGAAGACCUAUGUGGCCCCUGAAGAAGUUUGAGGGAAGUAAAACUUGAAGGACCUAGCAAACUACAUACUUAAAUGGAAAAUGUUUCUACUUUCUUAUUUUUUGUGCCAAACAUUGCUGAGGUUAACAGAGAAUCACAACAACUGGUAAUCUAAUGCUUUAAUGUUAUCAUGAAUAAUUGAAUGCAGAACUUCUUUGUGAAACAAAACCAGACAUUUAUUUCUUGACCUACGCUUUGUACCUAUAUUUUAUGUGCAGCAGUUUGUUUUCAUUACAUUUAAACUACAAUUUUAUCAGCCAGGAUGAAAUUUUCUUAUGAGAUUUAAAGCAGUAGCCUUAAGUGUAGCUUAUAGCCAAGAGACUAUUUUUUUGCUGUUUUAAAUAAAUGGAAAUGUCUCCCGACA